AUGAUGAGAAACGAAGAGGACAAAACACAAAACAAUAAGUCUAUGAAGUACACCAAUGCCCAGAUAGAACGUUUGUCUAAGAUCUAUAAUCCAGACAAGAAAACCGUCCUACAAGAACUACGAAGACUUAGAGAGGAUCCAGUGGAACUAGACCCCAUUGAGGAGAAUGACGCGGAAACAGACAACAUUGAAGAAAAGCUAGAAACAACGGAGUUGGAGUCAGAGUUCAGGGACGGUACAGAGUAUCUACAGUGGCUGGAUUGUCAGCUUCCGUAUCUGCAGCCAUUUGAAUCCCAGUAUGCAGUUCAUCACUAUUUCUUUCGCUACUGGAGCAGGAAUGAACAGUAUCAAUUUAUUCCGGAAAUGGAACCCUUAAUUGAAAUGGAUGAAGAUAUAGAUGGGCAUAGUGAAUAUGUUAAUGACGCUGCAGAUAAGGAAAAUAUUUGGGAAGAAGGAUUAAAGCCUGAGUUUGAAAGCGGAAGGCAACUCGUCAAAUGGCUAGAAAGAAAACUUCCGUUCCUAGAGUCCUUUGCUCCCGACGAUGCAAUCCACUACUGCUUCAACAGAGAGUGGAGUCGGAUGAAAUUUGAAGCUACAUUCGAUGCCUUAGUGGAAGAACACAUAGAAACUGCUUCAAGAGAGGAUGCUGCACCGCACAGUCAUGUUGAUGAAGACAAUAUCAAGGAGGAAAUUGAAGACAUUAAUCCUUAUAUCAAUAUGAUGGCAAGCCCUAGGAUUCUAGACGGAUUUUUAUUGCAGAAAAUGGUGUUGCAGAAGGAUGAAGUAGAGACAAAGAGUAAUGAAGAAAGAGAAACUCCGACAAAAGAGAUUGAGCCACUGGACAAUGCAGCGCUUGGCGAUACGCCGAAGACAAAAAUGGGAAAGAAUAAAAUAAAGAAGGGAAAAAGAAGCAAGAUGUCCGUCCUCUUCCGUCUGUUUGGUCAUUGACUUCUGUAUUACGGACACUGCAAAACAGAAUGUUGAGAUUUAUAGUUUUUAAAGAUAUACAUGUACAGUGUAUGUGGUAAUAUUGAGAUAAAGUUUUUGAAGAUAUUUGAUAACACUUAUUUAUUAAAUACUAUUUUACGAUU